GUUAAGGUAGCAUCUUACUGCUCUGGUGGUACAGGGAUCUAAUCCGGGCCGAUCGAAAAAUCGUGGAAAUUUUUCGCGGUAGUCCUCUCGGAUAUGUCGAGCUCUGUCCCUCACCAUCCGGCCGCCUCAUUGUGGACUGAAAACAAUUAUUUUGAUUUUAAAAAGGGGGUCUCUUAAUGCUCACGGGGUGGAGAAAGUUAACUCUCCUGCAUUCUUAGAUCUGCCGAAAAGAUCGCUACGCUAGUGUUACGUUUCCUUAUUCCACCAAUUCUUUAAUUUCUUUUUAUAUAGGAAAAACAGCAAGUCCAAUUUUUUCAUUACAAUUUUAAUAUUCAAGAAAAAUUUAAAAUGUUUUAAGUAGAAGUUUCAAAAUGAUAGUAAGAAAAAUAUCACAAUAAAACAAAUCCGAAGUAAACAAUUUGACAGUAUGCCAAUAAAAUUAUGGCGGCAGGGAGGAGUCAUGUGAGGAAGCUUUUUAAUAUAAUUUCGUGUUCGAGUAGAGAAUAUGUAAAAAAUAAAUAUGUGUACCCAGUGUGUAUUGUGUCAGGAACGAUAGGAUUAGGAUGUGCACUUCGUUAUUACAUACAACCCGAUAAAAGAAACUCAUUGUUUACAGUUCACGCUAAGCAAUCUCCACGUCAAGGCACUUACGCCAGACAAGAUGCUAAUAAAGUUGAAGAAUCACAAACAACUCAUUUGACACAACGUGAACGAAGGUUUAUUAGAUUUGCUUCAGUAGAAUAUAAUGGACAGAUAUACAUGACUCCACAAGAUUUUUUAGAAUCUGUUACAGAAUCUGAUCCACGACCUCGAAUGAAGAGAAGAAAAUUAACAAAAAAGGAUUUAGAACAUAUGUAUAAUACUACACCAACUCGGCGAAAAGGAUCAACAACAUUGUUUAGAUCACUUCAUGAGAAUGGAAUAGUAUCAUACACAGAAUACUUAUUUUUACUCUCUGUUCUUACAAAACCACAUUCUGGAUUUCGAAUAGCAUUUAAUAUGUUUGAUACUGAUUGCAAUCAGAGAAUUGAUAAAAAAGAAUUUUUAGUUGUUCUACACCUCACUGUAGUGUCAUACUUUAGGAAAACUGCACAAAGUGUUGGGCUCUAUUCUGUAUCAGAAAGGAAUUUUCUUGAAAAGAUUUUUAGUAAAGUUGCUCAUAAAGGUCAUAUGUUGAAAAGGAAAGAGAAGGGUGAAAGUAUUGGAAAGGAUGAGGCACUUGAUAUUUCUGACAUGGAUGACACGACUCUUCUUAUCCAUCUGUUUGGCCGUAAAGGAAAUGAAGAUCUCAGCUUCAGAGACUUUUACAGAUUUAUGGAUAAUCUCCAGACAGAAGUUCUUGAAUUAGAAUUUACGGAAUUUUCUCGAGGAAUGCCAACCAUAUCUGAAGUAGAUUUUGCUCAAAUACUUUUGAGAUAUACUUAUAUUCACAGUAGUGAUUAUGAAGCUUAUAUACAAAGAGUACAAGAAAGAAUACCAGAUGAAAAAGGAAUAACAUUUGAACAGUUUAAAGCUUUUUGUCAAUUUUUAAAUAAUUUGGAUGAUUUUGCAAUUGCCAUGAGGAUGUUCACAUUUGCAAACCAGCCAAUAUCACAAGAAGAAUUUCAUAGAGCAGUAAAAAUUUGUACUGGGCAUAGUUUGGAUAGUAAUCUUGUAAAUACAGUAUUUGAGAUUUUUGAUGAAGAUGGUGAUGGAUAUUUAUCCUAUAAGGAAUUUAUUGCAAUUAUGCGUGACAGAUUACAUCGUGGUUUCAGAUCACAUUUGAUCAAGAAUGAAGGCUGGGAUGCUUUUAAAACAUGUGUCAAGUCUGAGAUGAGAUCUUAAAUUCUUGGCAACUGUUUUGUGUGGAUUCUCUCUGGAUUGUUGAUAUUUAUUGUAAAAUAAAAUUUAUAAUUCAUUAUUCAUAAAUUAAAAUAAUUCUUAGAUAAUUAGAACUUUUUAAAAGAAUUAUUCCUAUUUAGUUAAAAUUUAAGAGAUAAAAUUAUAAUACUUUAGCUUUCUUGAAAGAUUAUAUAAGAGUUAUAUAAAUAAAAGAUAAUUAUUACUGUAAAUUAAUAAUGAAUAAUCCUCAUAAUAAAACAUUAUAGUAUGUUGUAAAGUGA